UUUCUCUCCUCCCGCAGACAUGCCGUCUGUAUCUUCUACCUAGUUCUGCGUGCCCUGGACACCAUAGAGGAUGACAUGACCAUCAGCUUGGACGUAAAGGUCCCGAUGCUGCACGAGUUUCACUCCUAUCUCUAUCAACCGGACUGGAAGUACAUGGAGAGCAAGGAGAAGGACCGCCAGGUGCUGGAGGACUUCCCCACGAUCUCCAUGGAGUUCAGGAACCUGUCGAAAGUCUACCAGGAUGUGAUUUCAGACAUUUGUCACAAGAUGGGCGUCGGGAUGGCCGAGUUCUUGGAGAAGAAGGUGGAUUCUCAGCGUGAGUGGGAUAAGUACUGUCACUACGUAGCUGGGCUGGUGGGGAUAGGCCUUUCCCGUCUCUUCUCUGCAUCAGAGCUAGAAGAUCCGAUUGUCGGACAGGACACGGAGCUGGCAAACUCCAUGGGCCUCUUCCUGCAGAAAACCAACAUCAUCCGUGACUAUCUGGAGGACCAGCUGGAGGGAAGGGAGUUCUGGCCCAGAGAGGUUUGGAGCAGAUAUGCAAAAAAGCUCUCGGACCUUGCCAAACCAGAGAACAUAGAUAUGGCUGUCCAGUGUCUGAAUGAGCUCAUCACCAACGCUCUCCACCACGUCCCUGAUGUCCUUACGUAUCUGUCCCGCCUGAAAAAUCAAAGCGUCUUCAACUUCUGUGCGAUCCCCCAGGUAGGUUAUCGCUUUCAAGUGGUUCUUCAUCAUCUGCAGCCCAGCUGAUGAGGAGUUGGAGGC